CGCAAGUUUUAAUAUUUUUUAAUAAAAAUCCAAAAAGGAAAAUGUCAGAACUAAACUCAGUCCAAAGAUUUUAUAAGGACAAAACUAUUUUUAUUACGGGAGGAAGUGGAUUUAUGGGAAAAGUGUUGAUUGAAAAAUUAUUAUAUUCAUGUUCGGAAGUGAAGGAAAUAAUUGUUCUUAUGAGACCAAAGCGUGGAAAGUCAGUGAGCCAGAGAAAAGAUGAUUUUACUAAGCUGCCUUGCUUUCGUCGAACAGUCGAGGAGAAGCCCGAGAUGAUGAACAAGAUAACCAUCGUCAAUGGCGAAAUAUCGCUGCCACAUUUAGGACUUUGUGAAGAAGACUUAAAAUAUGUCAUUGAGAAAACUGAAAUAAUUUUCCAUUUGGCUGCGUCUCUAAAACUUGAAGCUACACUACGUCCAAAUGUGCUGAUGAAUCUUACAGGAACAAAGAAUGUCAUUGACGUAGCUAAAAUGACCAAAAAUCUGUUGCUAAUGGUUCACACAUCGACAGCUUUUUGUAAUGUCGAUCAUGCUGUUGUUGACGAAAAGGUUUAUGAUUUUCCACAACGUCCAAUGGACAUUAUUAGAAUGGCUGAAUGGAUGAAUGAAAAAGCAAUGGCAAAUGUUCAGCCUGAAAUUCUCUCAUUUCAUCCAAAUACUUACACUUAUACCAAAAGAUUAGCCGAGAUUUUAGUCCGUGAUGAGUUUAAUGAAAGCAAGUUACCACUCUGCAUUGUUCGACCUAGCAUUGUAACCCCGAGCUUCUGGGAACCAGUUAUUGGAUGGGUUGAUUCAUUAAAUGGACCUCCAGGCAUUACUGUUGCUGCUGGAAAAGGUGUUUUAAGAACAAUUCUUGUAAAUCCAAAUGCACAUUUUGAGGCAAUUCCUGUUGAUAUGGCUUGCAAUGGAUUAUUAAUGUUUGCAAAGAAACUCGGAACAGACACAGAAAAACCAAAAGAAAUUCCAGUUUGUAACAUCACGGCUCACGAGAGCUCCAAGGUCACAUAUGGCUAUAUCUUUGAGCAAGGAGAGAAACUGAAAUUUGACAUUCCAUUCUCACAAGUUAUGUGGUAUCCAAAUACAAGAAUAACUCAAAGUAAACUUUAUUAUGCCAUCAAUGUCUUCCUUUUUCAAUGGAUUCCUGCGUACUUUAUAGACUUGUUGGUGCUUAUAUUUAGGCAACCUCGAUUCAUGGUUAAAGUCCAGAAGAAGAUUUCUCAAGGAAUGGAUGCAUUGGAAUUUUUCACAAUGAAUGAUUGGCAUUUCAAAUCAAAAAAUUAUAUUGGACUUGUCGGCAUACAGGACAGAGAAGAGUGGGAAAUGUUCCUAGUCGAUGGAAGAAAUGUCGGAAACAAUGACAAAUACAUGUUGGACUCAUCGAUGGGAAUCCGACGUUACUGUGCCAGAGACUCAAUAAAAACUCUUCGUAGCGCCAAAAUCACCAUGUACACUUUGUGGGUGAUUGAUUCCAUGUGUAAAAUCUUCUUCUUCUACUGGUUGAUAAAAACAAUUCUUACAUAUUCUGGUCUGCUGGAUCACGCGACUAUGUUCAUACAUGGAGUAAACGAUCAUUUUACAACCAAAUUUACAUCAACCUAAACUAGUUGAACUUAUUGUAGUUUUUUCCCGCAUUAACUGUAGUUUCAAUUCGUUAUGACGUAAUUAUCAUUGUGUUGUGAUCUUGAAACUUUACUUCUCUUUUAUUAGCGUCUUGUUAAUUUUACCUUUUUUUGUUAUUUAUUUUCUAUUUCAUCGCAGAGCUUAACACUUUACUUUUAUCUUAUAUAUUUA